CAACCAUCUUCUCACGAUCCCUCAGCUAAACAUAGAGCGGCAGUCUUUUAACCGAUUAAUAACCUAAAUAUUAUUGGAGAUGUCUUCGUCCAGUGAGGAAUGGAAUGGUAAUUACCUCAUGAUAGAUGUUGCUUCCUCGAGUGAGUGCGAUGGAGAUUCGUGGUUUGAGAUGAUGUCAGUUAAAAUCUCUAAGUGUUCUUGUUGCGAAGAAGAAGAAGAAGAAUGUGCAACCUGUGAUUUGGAGUCUUGCGAGUACGCAAUUUGCAAGACAUGCUUGGAACAACAAAAAAAUUACGGGGCAUUAGAAUCUCACUUAUCCGGGCCACAGCACAAGGAAGCUUAUUCGAUAUGGUUGGAGACACUAGCACAUAUCUCUACAUGUAUGCCCCCAGCUAAUCAGCCUUGCACCAUUCGUUCGUGCAUGCGUGGUAGAGAGCUCAUAACACAUCUCAAGGAUUGCCCAAAGAAACUUUCAGGUAAGUGUAUGAGGUGUGAAAUUAUUUGGGUGGGAGUGUGUGCCCAUGCAAGCCAUUGCACUAAUCGCAACUGCCUUAUUCCACAGUGCAGGCAUGUCACAGAGUACAAGAGGUCAAAAGGGUGAUGGAGAACUGAGAGCAGUCUUUGCGAUUAGCAUUGGACUAAAGACGAUUUAAACGUUUAAUUAGAAGUUGUGGCUUUUUUCCUUUAUGCAUGGUUUUUUUAACCCUCAAAAGUUUGUGAACCUUUUUACUUUUUUUUUUUUCCCAUCUGGUAAAUUUCAUUCCAAAGAAAGAACACUUUUGAUACAACAAUUGGCGGAUGAAGAACAAUCCCCAGACACUAGAGCCCACAUGAAGGCGGCAACUUAAACUCACACCGGGGCAGCAAUAGAU